AUGUUCCCAUUCCGGCCAAUCAGACCCCGCCAAUCUAUCCUUUUCCGUGGUCUCCGACUGCAGCACUUGCACACAUCGCGUCCAGCACUUCUUUUCAACAAAAAAGCUGCACCUGUCCAGCCUGUGGAACAGAGCAAUCCACCACCUCUUCAGAAUGCUGCCAUUCCUGAUGAUGUAGCUUACAACAAACAUCCUAUUCUAAGCAAGGUUCCUAAGUUCUUGAGACCUUACACAACACAAUUCAUCCAUGCUCCAGUCUCUCACGUCACGGCAUUCAUCAUUCUUCAUGAGAUCACGGCCAUUGUACCUUUAAUCGGUACUUGGUACGUCCUCCACCAGUACCAUGACUUGUUCAUGACAGCAUCCAUGGAUUUGCCAGCCUGGGCAAUUGAGAAAGGCACAAAAAUCAUCGAUAAGGCCAUGGCCGAUUGGGAUUUUGGAACUUACUCUUUCAACGAGAAGGUAAGAUUCAUUAUGGAAGGUGCCUAUGCUUACGUGAUUGUCAAGGCGUUGUUUCCCGUGAGACUAGCAUUCAGUUUGAUUGGAAUGCCAUGGUUUGCUAAGUGGUUUGUUUUACCAUUCACGAAGAUGUUUUCUAGAAAACGGCCAGCACCUAAAGUGGAGACCACACCAGCAAUCAAGGAGCACUCACCCAAGAAGAUUGAGAAGCCACGGUUGUAA